AUGGUCGCUUCAAACGUGCAGAUCGCACUUCGCAUAAGAGCAUUAUCUGCUGAAGAAUUGUUGUCUGUACCAGCUAGAUUGCAAAAAAAUGUAUUAUCCACAUCACCUUUUGCACCAAAUCAAGUUAUAGUUCAGGGUGAAAGAAAACAAGUCUUUUCAUUCGACAAUGUGUUUGCUCCGGAAGUCUCUCAGAAAGAAAUAUAUGAUCGUGUUGUAAUGAACAUGAUUGACAAGGUCAUAGAAGGAUAUAACGUAACAAUUCUAUCAUAUGGACAUGCUUCAUCCGGCAAAUCUCAUACAUUAGGAAUUUCGGAUGGCGUCUCUUAUACGCGUGAAUCAAAAGGAAUAAUCCCACGUGCUAUGUCCACAUUAAUCUCUUAUAUUAAUUCCGCGCAAUACAAAAAAAGAAAAUAUUCGAUGCGAAUUUCAUUCGUUGAAAUAAAUGACGAAAAAAUCAUUGAUCUUCUUAGUGAAGAUAAUGAUAAAAUCAAGCCCCAAAUUUUGAUCCGAGAUGAAUCAAAUGGUCAAAUACUCUGGAGCGGUCUACAAGAAAUUAAGGUUAAUAGCUUAGAAGAAGCAAUUAAUAUUUUAUCACGUGGAAUGCUAAAUCGUCAAAUCAACACGUCAAGGUUGAAUGAUCGUUCUUCGCAUAGACAUACAAUAUUCUCUGUAACACUAUCUCAACAAAAAUUUAUUCCAGUAAAUGGAGAUUCCGUAAAUUCUUCUAAUCUUUCUCCUAGUAUGUUAUCAAGCAAACAAUUCUCUGGAUCCAAGGAGAUUAAUAAACAGUACGAAGGUGAUUGGGUUACUGUAACAAGUAAAUUACAUUUCGUGGAUCUUUCUUGGAAAGAUAUGGACAAAGAUAUCCCUAAAUCUAUUAUCCUUCCUAUUAGCCAUGUGAUUAGUAAUUUAGGAAAGAAGACAGAAGAGGUAUCGGAGACACCCCGAUCUAUUAGCAAUGCACAAAAUUGUCCUCCCAUAUUAAAAGAAUACCUUGGUGGUAAUGCUAAAGUAUUAGUAAUAUCUUGUGUUUCACCCGCAGCUUUCCAAGUCAAAGAAACCAUUAAUACUCUGGAAUUUGCUACCCAAGCACGUAAUAACAAAGAUACAACAGUAAUACAUCAAGAAAUUGGUUGGUAUAAUGUAGAACAUUUGCAAGAUCUUGUAUUAAAACUUAGAGCUGAAGUAAAGACAUUGCAAGAAAACGGAACAAAUUCUCUUAAUACCCCAGUGAAUGAAAAACAGCGACGUAGAUCUUCUAUUCUGGCUAAUAUUUUAGUAAAUAGUAAUAUUUUGCAAAAUGAGAAAGAUUCUACAAAUUUAGACGAUAAAAUUUCCUUAGCUUCUCUAGAUUUGCCGAAAAUUUUAGAAGGUGAAACCCUAAACCAAGGAUUAGGACCUAUAAUUGAAGAAUAUGAAAAAUCGAUAUUAUCUCUUGAGAAUCAACUUUCCCAUGUUCGUGCCGCUUUAGCAUAUUCCGAGAAUGCAUUACACCUACAGGAAGAUAAAUUAAAGGAUACAGAAGAAACAAAUAAACAAAAUAUGCACACUAUAAACGAUCUCAAAAAUCAUAUUGCUAAACUGAAUGAACGAAAAGAGACCACUGAAAUUGAGGAGAUUGAAUCGCGUGAUGAUAUGGUUGCAGAAUUAGGAAAGAAAAUUGAAAAUUUAGUUGAUGAAAUCACAUAUCUCAAAGAAACUCAAACAUCCGAUUCAACUAAUUCGACUAAUUCUUUCACGGAACAAGUAAUUUCUAAAGAAGUCAUUUUGGAAUCUAAAGUCACCAUCACCGGUAAAGAAGAAGAAUCUGAAGUAUCAAAUGCUGAACUUUUAGUGGCUAUCCAAAAAUUACACAAAAGACUUGCGAAAUUUGAGGAAGAAGCCAUGCAAAACCAACAAUUAAUUGAUACUUUAGAAGCUACAUUGAUUGAAAAUGAGGAUAGCUUGAUAGCAGCGAAUAAAAAAUUAUCAAUACUUCAAAAUCGCGAAGACGGAUUAUUAAAACAAAUCAAAGCUUUGAACUCCCGGGUAGAAGAAGCCAAUGAUGAGACGGAGAAUGCAAAAUCAGAUUUGUUUUCAGCCAAACAAACCAUGGAAAGAACAUUGGUGGAAGAAAGAAAAUCCAAAGAAAAUCUAAAAUUCCAACUAAAAGAGGCAAGAAACGAAGUAGAAAACAAAAAAGCCGAAAUAUUGUUAGUUAAACAAGAGGAGAAGAAAAUUAAAGAAAAAGCGGAAAUGUCAAGAAUUACACUUGAAAAUGAACUUGAAAGACUAUUGUCCAAGAAAAAGAAAUUUGGGUGUUUUUAA